CUGGGUUUCGAUGGUUUUGCUAUGGAGAGCGUGACGCUCCCACGCCAAACAUCAAGGGACGACCUGGGGUCUCAGGGUUGGGCUUCUUGUGGGAGGUUUCUUGCGGUCGGGCUCCUACUGUCCUGCUGUGUCGUCUGAGGUCUGGGCGUGCCGCGGCAAAGUUGAUUCUGCCGAGGCCGUGGGGCCGGAGGAGACGCAGCCUCUGUUCCUGCGCUGCGAGCGCAAUUUCAUCGACGAGGCGGUGCGUCCGGAGAAGGUUAGCGCUGGAAUAAUGAGAACAACCGACACCAACGGGAGCAAGAAAUAUCGACCCAGAUCCCGCGGUCAUGGUGCACAUGUUCACGGUCGCGGGCAGGUUCGCGCAGAAGCAGGGCGACCCUCCAGACGCCGGGGACGGGCCCCCUCCGAAGAGCAGCGGGGGGCAGCCAGACGACGACGCGCCAGGAGACGAGCCCAUCGAGCAGGAAGGCCCCAUCGAGCAAGAGGACACCGCCGAGCAGGAGGAGGACCUCGCUCCUGAGGAGGAGGGCGUCGUCGGCGAGGGGGACCUGGUUCCCAAGAAGAAGAGAGCGCGGAGAGGAGGCAGGAGGAACAAGGCCCAGCAGACAGAGACGUCGGCGCCCCCCGCGGAGCCAUGGCGGCAGGCGCCCCGGGCGCCCGAGGCGGCUCGGCCGAGCGCCGCGGCGCACCGCCGGGUGGCGGCGGCCGCGCCCGCGCGGCAGGGCGCAGGGGCCUUCGAGCGGUUCGAGAGGAAGCAGGAGGCAACGCCGGGCUACUACGGCAGACCCAGCUUUCCUGGAGAGCCAAAACCGGCCAGGCCCACCUUUCCCGCACAAGGCCCCGCCCAGCGCUUCAACGCCUUCCCCUCGCGUGGCCUGGCCCGCGCUGGC